AUGCUCAAAGAUGAUCCCGUAUUGCCCGAGGGUGCCCAGCUGCAGCUCCGCGCAAGGGGCGCCACGCUGACCGCCACGCCCCCCAGCGCAACGCCAGCGGGCAGCAGCGGCAGCCCACCCUCCAGGCCACAGGGGAAACCGCCAGGCCCAUCAAGCAGCGCCAGCCCGGAGCCGCGCACCGCGGGCCUGGCGGCGCCUCCCACGCAUGGGGACGCCCCGCAGCUUCUCCCAGGCUGGCAAGUCCAGGUCCCUUCAGGACGGCCGCAGCUGGAACACCAGCGGGGAGAGCAACAGCAGCAGCAGCAGCAGCAGCAGCAGGCGGCCGGCGCCGCGGACACCACGCCGGUCGCCCGCAAGCGGCCCCGCAAGCCGGCCCGCACCGCCUCCACAUCCGGGAUAGAGCUCCUCCCGCCAAUGCCCGCCGCGCCGCCGCCGCCGCCGCCGGGCCCAUCCCCAGGCCUGCCACCCCGCAAGCGCCGGAAGAUG